AAAAAUAAGCAUUGAUUAGUGGCAUGUUUUGCGUGCCAUAAGCUGAACCACGUAAACAAAGGUCAAGGCCAUAUAUUGCACGCUUUUGUAUUGAUACUUCGCAUACACUUUUUUCUCAAAAGUAGAAAAAUGUCAGACGCUAGUCAAGAUGCAGAACUGAAGGGUGGUCAUGCACCUGCAGUGAAAGUAGGUGGCAUGAGAGUUGUUACCCACCAGAAGAAUGAAAAAGUUGAAGGUGCCACACCCCCUCCAACAAAAGAAGAAAUAGAGGAGUUUGGAGAUGGUGGUCCAAAAUCUGAUAAACACCAUACUUCAGUAUUGAUAUCUGGUGCUUUAAGUAAGGGAGACAAAGAUUUCCCCCCAGAGGCUGUGAAGGCGUAUCAUGAUAAGCCAUUGCCAACACACGACAACAGACCAAAUCAGAAACCUCAGAUUAUCCAUCAACCAAACAAAUAUUGAACGUACAAAAAUAAAACUAAUGGAAGAGACAUAUUAAUGAUAACAGAUAUAGAAAACAAAGGAUUUGAGUACUAAGGAUUUGAUUAGAACACUUGUUGAUAGAAAAACAAUUUAAGUUGUCAUGGUGAUGGGGAAACUUUGAAGACUGUCUCUUUUUUUAGCAAAUAUAGAUAUCAGAAUUUCAAUUAUUUGAAGAAGAAAAAAAACAUUUUGGGGGGUAAUACUAAUAAUAAUUCAUCAUUUUAUCUUUAAUUGUAUUUUUUUGGAUUAAGUAUGAAGUCUUAUAUUUAAAUUUUUACCAGAUAUGUUUUUUUCUAAAAGCUAGAAAUAACAAUAAAGUAGCUGUCUAAUAAUAUUGCAUCUUAAGAAGAAAUAUGGGAUUUAGAAUGAGCAUUUAUUAUUUUUGAAUAAUUUUAUGCAUUAAUUUUUUUAUUUUGAUAUUAAUUGGUUCAUAUGAGUGCUCAUAUUCAUGAUAUUCAAGGAUAUUGUUUUGCAGGAAAAAAUAUUGACACUUUUGCAAUUUUGAAAAAAGCGAUUUAUGAAGCUUUAUUUUUUCUAAAUAGGAAUAAAAAGACAAUGUUGAGCAUAAUUUCUUUUUUUCUCUUUUGUGUUAAUCAGAGAUAUAUAUCAUGUGCAUUAUAAUUAUACAUAUUGUUAAGGUUUUAUUAAUGUUAAUCUUUUUACGCAGAUUUGGUGCAAAAGAAUACUUUUUCUUUCUGGUUGUUACGUUUAUUUUAUUUGCUGUUUAUUCUUUAAAAGCUUAUUAGCCUUACUUUAUAUGUGCAGUAUUUUUUUUUACAAUAUAUUGAGGCCUGGAGUGUUUCUUCUAAUGCUUUUUCAAAUAUAUAGUUUGCAAAAUUUCAAAUAAGCUAAAUUUUGUAUUCACAAAUGACUAAAUGAAGAGCUUUCACAUGGAUUUUAAUUUGAUGGAAACCACAUGCUAGUGACGAAUUUAAAAGAGAAAUUAUAUUAAAAUUCACAGAGAUUGUUUACUUGAAACUGAUUUAUUUAUAUUUUCUUACACAUAUUUGUUUCAGGGAAUACAUUUGAUUGUCGUAAUUUUACAUUUGCUAAGCAUUUUACUUACUGUAUACAUAUUACUUAAAAACUGGUCUGGAAAUAGUAUUUUGAUUGUCUAAUGAAUUUGGUAUAAAUAAGAUCAGACCUAUGUCAUGUAUGUUGAAAUUUUAACCAUAGUAUUUUAUACAUGUAGUACACUGUAGAUGCAAUAUACUUAAAAGGUGUUCCAAUUUUAUAUACAACUGGUAUCUUUUCUUUAUCUUUAUUAUCUAAAUAUAUAUUGCUUGUCAAAUUGAAUAUUCUUACUACAUGUCUACAAUUAAUAACUGUUCAACAUUGUUCAAUAGCAAUUCAGGAUUUUAUUCCCAAAGAAUAGGUUUCAAAACGAUUAUUUCAUCUGUAUGGUACCAAACAUUUUAGAAAUUUAGAAAUGGUUGUGUUUAUGAAAUAUGUAAAUAAAAAAAGAAAAGAAGCAAAAAUGCAAAAUUGUUAUGUGAAAAGGUUUUAAAAAGAAAUCGAUUCUUAUAUUUCAUUUUCUCAAAGCCAAAAAAAACAUGAUCAAUUUGGCAAAAUUAGUACAUGUAAAAUCAGUGAACAAAACAGUACUUGUAUUUCUAAUGGCAUGUAUAAUUUUUAUAACAAGGAAUUUAAGAUACACUUAUUUCAAAUAUGGAUUAAAUAUUCAUUGUGUUGUAGACUUUGUUGAACAACAAAAAAUAUUCAAGCAAGUGCUCAGUUCUUCAAUAAAAGUAAAAAAUGUA